AUCGCACUUUGGCUUCCCAGCUUUGACACAGCGUCACUUGUGAAACAACAGAGAAGGAAAAAAAGACGCACUCGGGCCAAACCCCAUCCGCACCAGCAGGAGAAGAUGUCCGAGCCAAACAAGUACCGAGAGUGGAUCCUGGAAACAAUCGACUCUCUCCGCUCGAGAAAAGCCCGUCCGGAUCUGGAGAGGAUCUGUCGAAUGGUCCGGAGACGACACGGGUCAGACCCGGACCGAACCAGGACAGAACUGGAAAAACUGAUUCAAGAGCAGACGGUGCUCAAAGUUAGCUACAAGGGGUCCAUAUCGUACCGAAACGCGGCGAAGGUGCAAAGGAAAAGCAGAAAGAAGAGUGAGUUUACGGCCGCUGGCAGCAGCAGCGCGGAGGCAGCGAGGGAGCGGACCAAACACGAUCAUCUGAACAACAACGGCGACAGUGCGCACAGCUUCACGGACCAGGAGGAGGCAGAGGAGGACUCGGAGCCCAGCCCAGAUCCACACACUCAAACAUCAGGCAGCACCACCGGCAAAAAGCUCAAGCCUGCCUCCAGCCCGAGUAGCGGAAACGGGUGCCUCAGUUGUGGCGCAACAACGGGCUGUGCUGUCGGGAGCGGCUGUAAAGAGGAGAAAGCGAGUGCACCGAGAGACAAGGGAUUAGGACAGCAGGCGGCGGGGGACUGCCCGUCGCCCGGUUUCGGCCACAGGACAGGCGCACUAAGCGGGGCUGACGGCGGCAGGACGGCUCAGAGCAAAGCUGGUGCAGUUAGCGCAGAAAAGGAGUGUGCUGUGUCCCGGGCUGACACGCAGAGCAAAACUUGCCCUGGGAGUGUCAGCAGUGUUCAUCAUAAUCAAAGGCAGAAGCAGUCUGUGCCCCUCAAGCCCAAACUUCGAGUCGGAGGAGGGAGCACCAAAACAACGGGGAACCACGCCAACUCGGACCUGGGCGACAGAUUAGUCGCUUCUGUUCGCAGCCUGUCCGAGAAGAGCCUCCGAGGGGGCUCAGCCGCUGUGACCAGAGGCCACAUGAAGCCGCUUGGGCUGAAGGAGAUACUGGGCUAUCUGAGCAGCCAGGAACGGCUGUCGGAGGAAAAGCUGACCCGAGGCAAAGUCAAAGUGGUCAUGGAGAGAGAGGUGGCGAGGGGCAGGCUGCGCAGGACCCGCUGCGGGAACAUUACUCUCCCUCUGAGGGGGGUGGUGGUAGAGGAACCGAUGCCGAAGAAUGCGUCCGCUGACAGACUUGCAAAGAGCGCACUGCAGGACAAACACGCUGUGAAAAAGCCGCCGUCACCCUCUCUCCAGGAGAAUGAGCCGAUGGAAACAGCCAGUGAAGAAGAGGAACGGGAAGACAACGAGGAAGAAGAGGAGGAGGAGGAUACUCGGAGUUCUGAGGAGGAGGGAGGACUAUCCCCGGUAGCCAUGACAACCGAACCAGUGCUCAUUGAGAAAAUCAGAGAAGAUGCUGAGAUCCAGAAAGCAUCAAAGCAGGAGAGCCCCCAGCAGGAGCAGCAGGAGGGAGGCAAAGGUUUGCCGGUGCUUGAUUUCAUCCCCGACACACCAGUUCAGGGAGCCUCGCAGUCACAGAGUAAUGAUCCAGUCAUGGAAGAGAGAGCUGGUUCCCCUGAUCAAAUACCAAUGGAGGUGCAAGUGAGUAAUCAGACACAGCAUGAUGAAAUAAACCACAGCUCCUCAGACUUUAACAAUUUGGAGUGCAAGACAGUGGUCGGUGUGUCGUCCUGCCUGCUAACACCCACAGCCUCCCCGAGAGACUCCAGCCGAUCUGAAGAACGAGGGAUAACCAUUAGCAGUGGAGUGCUUAUGAAGUCUGAGGGCGUCAAUGGGAGCCCAGUAAACUGGACAGUGUCAGAUGUUGUCAGUUAUUUCACAGCAGCGGGUUUCCCUGAGCAGGCUGCUGCGUUCAGGACCCAGGAAAUCGAUGGAAAGUCACUUCUCCUCAUGCAGCGUAAUGAUGUUUUGACUGGCCUGUCAAUCAGACUUGGCCCCGCCCUCAAGAUCUAUGAACGUCAUGUAAAGGUUCUGCAGAAAACACACUUUGAGGAUGACGACUGCUAACGGCAUGAAUCAAAUACAAGCAGACUGUUGUGUUUGUAUCUACAUAUAGCUAACGUAGUAUAAAAAUGCAUGCAUGAUAUACAGUACAAUACACUUCACUUUUCAUCUCAUGUCACACAACACAUGCAAACACAAAAACACAGGUACACACACACUGUUGUUUCUUAUCCUCCUGCCUCUUGACAUCAGAAAUGAGACUGGAUUUUCUAGACAACAAGGAUUUUCUAUCAGAGCACAAGUGUCGGAGGGAGAAAGUAGAGCAGAGAUUUUCAAACAACCAUGCAAUUUCUCCUUUAAGACAAACAACAAUUAAGCACUUUGCAAUUGUACUGAUUAAACUGUGCAAAAUGUUUUGGUUUAA